AUGGACUUCAAACCCUUGCUUGUCUUUGUGCUUUCUGUGUCAUUUAUACACAUCAAGGGAUUAUCCAUUGUUACAGGGAACGACAAUUAUACCUUGACUAGUAUGAAAGAAAUAAGAGUCGAUGCCAAAAGUACAGAUGUUUUCCGACAACUGCUAAACCAAGAAACUCUUAUCCGAAUGUCUUUGGUGAGAAGCGUCGAUACAUUGAUCAAAGAUGUGAUAGACAUGAAGCAAAUUAUAUCCUCCUUGCAGGAGUCUCAGAGAGAUAACUCUUUUUUACAAACAGAAGUGGCAUCAUUAAAAAAUGAAAAUGAGAAACUGAAAGAGGACAUCGAAAGGAAUUUGACAGACACUCGAAUCACAAUGGAAGGUCUAACUAAACAGGUGGGAUUUACAGCUGGUAUACCGUCGCAAUCUUCUUUCUGGACCGGCGAUGUAUUAAUUUUUUCAAACGUUAUCACAAAUAUUGGAGGAGGCUACAAUUCUAACACGGGGAUCUUUACAGCUCCUGUCGCUGGAAUGUACCAAUUUUUUGUAAACAUAUGUAGUUAUGCCUCUAAGACUACUUCCUAUUACAUCGUAUUAAAUGGAAUUUCCAAGGUGACAGCGCUGUCUCAAUCCUCAAAUCAUGCCCCGUACCAGACAGGGACGAACAUGUUGUUGGUACGUCUUGAACAAGGUGAUAAAGUGUGGAUUAAACGGCGUUCAGGUUCCGGAUACUAUUCAUCCAGUCCUCCCUUCACCACUUUCUCUGGUUUUCUUAUUCCAUAA